GGGAGAAAACCGCGUUUUUAAUUUAAUGGCGGAGAGAUUUGUGUAAUUAGAUUAAAAGUCGAGGGCUUUUGAGAAAAUUCAAGCGGCUGAAAAUUCGACAUGUGUAGCGAGGUCCAAGAAUGAAGACCACCCAAGUUUUUUCUAGUGGACAACUCCAUUGAUACAAAGCUUUUUCUGGUCUCUGUUAUGGAGAGGCACAUACAGAUGUUUUUGAAGAGGCUCUCGUACGUCUCCAUAACCAUAGGCACAAUCACCUUCAUCCUCCUCCUGCUCAAAACUCCAGACACCUGCGUCGCACCAGAUUCGCCCCCAAAGCCCCAUCUCCGCUUCCCCAAAUCCUCCUGCGACUCCUCGCCUCGCGAGCUCCUCCCUCUGCACAAGAAGAACAAGCGGCUCUGGUCCACCAAGACCUGGCAGAACAAAGUCCAGUCCUUCUCCAACUUCUUUCGCGCAUGUUAUCAAAUGGGUCUCCUGCACAACGACUCCAAGGUCCUCUGCGUCUCCGCGGGUGCCGGCCACGAGGUCAUGGCCCUGAACCAGUUGGGCGUCGCCGACGUCACCGGAAUUGAGCUCCUCGAUUCGCCUCCUCUGGUGAGCCGGGCCGAUCCCCACAACUUGCCCUUCUUUGACGAUGUGUUUGAUUUGGGUUUUAGUGCUCAUUUCGCAAAGGCUAUGUUUCCGAACCGGUUUGUGUCGGAGAUGGAGAGGACUGUGAGGGCUGGUGGGGUUUGUGUGGUGGUUGUUGACGAAUGUGGGGAUGAGGAGGUUAGGGAGAUUGUAGAUUUGUUUGCGAAUUCAAGCUUUCUUGGUGCGCUUAAUGUUACUUUGACUGGAUUGAGAAUGACAAGGAUUAUUAUGAAAGUUCAGCAUUUACCUUGAUUUUUGGUAAUUCUUCUCUUUUUUUGUUCCAAAUUGUUUGUGUGUGAUUAUGGUGAUGGUUUAUAGAUUGGAUAGUGUGUUACUUAUAAUCUGAAUUUGGGAUUUAAAAGACUUAUGAAAAUGAAUUAAGCAAAUGGGUAAGAACUUGAACGGAUCUGGAUUAAGUAUGGAAUCUAGUGAAUGGUUUCACUCUCUAGUGUCAUGGUAUUUUUUGUUUUUCUCCCAUCCUUGAACUGUAUUUCACAGUUGAUUCAUGCACAAAAGAGCCAGGUCUGUCUGUCUUAAUUUUACACAUUUAAUCUUUUGUUGUUGUCCAAUGGAAAAUUUUGGAUUCGAAGUUCGAACCUCUGUUUAGACUGAACACAAUCUUUGUCAAGUUGAAAUCAUAAACGCAAGCUUUCUUCUUAGCUGAAUGUGUUAAUGAAUUAUAUAAGUUUAGGAUAUCCUACUUGCAACUAGCUUGGACAUUUCAAAACAGACAUGUGUAGCUGAAUGUGGAUUGGCCCAAGAACAUUGAUAAUAACAUCUUCUUUGGUGGGAUGAUAAUGAUCCAUGCUGAAGGCUGCAUAUCGUCCAUAUCAACACACGGUUUUCUUUUGUCAACUUAGUUAUAGGCUCAAGUAAUCAGUCUUGAAGCGUUGAAUUUGAGAAUUCGGACCUGGACAGAGUUUCACAGUUUGGUAUAUCUGAAUUAACUUGAAUGGGUAAGAACUUGAAUGGAACUGGAUUAACUUUAGAAGUGUUGUAAAGAGUAUGGGAUUGAGUGAAUGGUUUCACUCUCAAGUUUCCUGGUAUGUUUUGUUUUCCUCUCAUUCUUGCAAUGUAUUGUUUAGUUGAUUCAUGCACCUAAGCAGGUGUCUUGUUUUUACUCAUUUAAUCUUUUGUUACUCUAAUGCAAAAUGUAGGAUUCAAAUC